AUGGAUCGGCACAAAGAAACCUGCUUUUGUGCCUCUUCUGAUCUCUUUGUCCCGUUUCUUCCGGCCUCCGGCCUCCACUGCAGACAUGCUGGCACCCCCUCCACCAGCAUCAAGCACCCUGCAGUAUGGUGCCCUUCUUCCCAAUGCCCCCCUCUCCCCCCGGGCGCUGACACAGGACACCUAAUCCCUCCCCCGUCUCGCGUGUCCCACCCUCGCGGCCCUCUGCCCACACUGCUCUCCCGCUUGCCCCGGUCUCUGACCUACUGUCCCCCGGUUCCCCUCGGGCCGAGCCUCUCAGGCCUCCUCAUGCCCUCCUGCCCCUCGUCUGCCCCCGCCGCCUUUUCUCCUCUCCUCUGAUUCACAAUGAUGAGUGGGAUCCUUCUCUUGGUUGUGCUCGCACAGGUCCUUCCUUGUUUCAGCUUGGAGGAAGAAAGCGGCGUGAGAAUCGAGUGUUCAUGUGACGGAGCGUCCUGCGGCAGCGAGGAGCGGUGUUUCGGACGCCGGUGCUUCGCUUCUCUCUCAGUUUUGAACGGGACGUCGGUCUCUCAGAGGGGAUGCGUUGUGGGCGACGGAGACGAGUCUUUGCGUUGCGACAGCUCACCAACUCCUGAGCUGGUGGUGGAGUGCUGCGAUGGACGUUUGUGUAACAUGAACAUCUCUUUGCUGUCUCCAGUGAAAGAUGUUGAACUGUCUGGCGGAAGACCCGUCCUCAGAGAGCAGGAGUGUGUGUGCGAGGGCGGCUCGUGUGAGCACGGCCAGCGCUGCACCGGCCAGCAGUGCUUCUCCUCUCUGCAGACGAUUGAUGGGGCCGUCACCCAACUCAAGGGGUGCCUCAGGGAUGACGAGGAAGGCAGAGCAACCUGUGCCACGCCACCCUCACCGGCCUAUAUCGUCAAGUGCUGCCAGGGUCAUCUGUGCAACAUGAAUGUCACGGUCCAAGCCUCAGGCAAAGCAGAGGAAGUGAAGCCACUGAUCAAAGAGGAGCACGUUUGUGUGUGCGAGGGUAACUCGUGUGUAACAGGGGAUCGCUGCCUGGGACACCAGUGCUUCUUAUCUCUGACAGUCAACGCUGGUUCCCGGGUGUACCAGAAAGGCUGCUUCAAGGUCUAUGAACAGAGCACAUUGACCUGCAAGACCCCACCGUCCAGAGACCAGAUUGUGGAGUGUUGCCAUGGGCACCUGUGCAACAUGAACCGCACUGUGGAGCUGCCUGUCAAAGCUGAUGAGCUCCCAAACUACAGUGUGACCACACUCACUAUUGCCAUCGUGGCGCCCAUUAUUGUGCUCAUCGUCCUCUCUGCUGUGGCCAUCCUCGUGUUCAGACGUAUCCACCUCACCCAAAUGGAAAGACUACCAUCAAGAGAUGCUGAAUAUGGAAUUAUUGAUGGGCUUAUAGCAUCCAACGUGGGGGAUAGCACUCUGGCGGAUCUGCUGGAUCAUUCCUGUACUUCAGGAAGUGGCUCAGGACUCCCUUUCCUUGUUCAGAGAACAGUCGCCCGACAAAUCACCCUCAACGAGUGUGUUGGUAAAGGCCGCUAUGGUGAAGUGUGGAGGGGUCAGUGGCAGGGGGAGAAUGUUGCUGUCAAGAUCUUCUCCUCCAGAGAUGAGAAGUCUUGGUUCCGAGAGACUGAAAUCUACAACACCGUGCUCCUGAGGCAUGAAAACAUCUUGGGCUUCAUCGCGUCAGACAUGACUUCCAGGAACUCCAGCACCCAGCUGUGGCUCAUCACUCACUUCCAUGAAAUGGGCUCCUUGUACGAUUAUCUUCAGCUCAGCACCCUGGACGCGUCCAGCUGCCUCCGCAUGGCGCUCUCCAUAGCCAGCGGACUUGCGCAUUUACACGUUGAGAUCUUUGGCACCCAGGGCAAGCCAGCCAUUGCCCACCGAGACCUCAAGAGCAAAAACGUGCUGGUGAAAAAGAACGGACAGUGCUGCAUCGCAGACCUUGGUCUGGCUGUCAUGCAUUUUCAAGACACCAAUGAGUUAGAUGUGGGCAACAACCCUAAAGUUGGCACAAAGCGCUACAUGGCCCCUGAGGUGCUGGAUGACUCGAUACAAAUGGACUGCUUUGAGUCCUUCAAGAGAGUGGACAUCUGGGCUCUGGGCCUCGUCCUGUGGGAGAUCGCCAGGAGGACAGUCAGCAACGGCAUUGUUGAGGAGUAUAAGCCCCCUUUUCACGAUGUGGUUCCAAGCGAUCCGAGCUUUGAGGACAUGAAGAAAGUUGUGUGUGUGGAUCAGCAGCGGCCCAACAUCCCAAACAGAUGGUUUUCAGAUCCGACUUUAACCUCCAUGGCUAAACUCAUGAAGGAGUGCUGAGUAGCCGCCUGCGUAAACGGUGCGCUCAGGGAGGGAGCAGAUGCGGCUCAUGCCAUGACUGGUCCCGGGAAGCGGAGCUUUCAAGUGGCGUUGGUCUUCCUGUCCGUGGCGCAGCUGACCGCAGGUCUGAAGUGUGUGUGCCCGCUGUGUGCCAACCACACGUGUGAGACGACAGCAGAGGGCGCCUGCUGGAACUCUGUGAUGCUGAUAGAAGGGAAAGAGGAGGCAGUCAAGUCCUGCCUCUCUCCCUCCGAGAUGAAGGGCCAGGUUUUCUGCUACAGCUCCAAAAAUGUGUCGAAGAGGAACUGCUGCUUCACCGACUUCUGCAACAACGAGACGUUGCAUCUACACCCAGAGAAGCCUUUGGAAGAGCCAGGCUGGAGCAGGUUGCAACUCGCUGUUCUCAUCCUGGUGCCGUCCUGCCUGCUGAGUGUAGGGAUUCUGUUAGGCGUGUGCGUUGUGCAGGGUCACCAUUGUGCCUACAGCCGAGCCCACAAGCAGGACCCAGAGGAGCCUCUGGAUGACCAGAUGCUGAUGUCUCCUGACAAAUGUCUCAAGGAUUUGAUCUAUGACAUGAGCACCUCAGGCUCUGGAUCAGGCUUACCGCUGUUAGUCCAGAGGACCAUAGCUCGAACCAUUGUCCUGCAGGAGACCAUUGGAAAGGGUCGCUUUGGUGAGGUGUGGCGCGGCAAGUGGCGAGGGGAGGAUGUGGCGGUGAAAAUCUUCUCCUCCAGGGAUGAGAGAUCCUGGUUCCGCGAGGCAGAAAUUUAUCAGACAAUCAUGCUCAGGCAUGAGAACAUCUUGGGCUUCAUUGCUGCAGACAACAAAGAUAAUGGAUCGUGGACACAGCUGUGGUUGGUAUCGGAGUAUCAUGAGCACGGCUCCCUCUAUGAUUACCUGAAUAGAUACACAGUCUCAUUGGAAGGCAUGGUUGUUUUGGCUCUGUCGACCGCCAGCGGUUUGGCACAUCUGCACAUGGAAAUCAUUGGCACGCAGGGGAAACCUGCAAUUGCUCACAGAGACCUAAAGUCUAAAAAUGUCUUGGUAAAGAAGAAUGGAACGGCGGCCAUUGCAGAUUUGGGUUUGGCUGUAAAACACGAUUCCAGCACAAAUACCAUCGACAUACCAUCUAACCACAGAGUGGGAACAAAGAGGUACAUGGCACCAGAGAUCCUGGAUGAGACGAUCAAUAUAAACAACUUUGAGUCAUUCAAGCGGGCAGAUAUCUAUUCGCUAGGCCUGGUGUUCUGGGAACUGGCCAGAAGAUGCUCUGUGAGAGGACUUCAUGAAGAUUUCCAGCUGCCUUAUUAUGACAUGGUGCCUUCAGAUCCAUCCAUUGAGGACAUGAGAAAGGUGGUGUGUGAUCAGAAACUGCGACCCAACAUCCCCAAUCAGUGGCAGAGCUGCGAGGCUCUGCGUGUAAUGGGCAAACUGAUGAGAGAGUGCUGGUAUGCCAACUCCGCAGCACGGCUGACUGCUCUGCGGGUCAAGAAGACUGUGUCUCAGCUGUCUGUUACCAAGGACAUCAAAGACUAGCUUGAUCUGCGCACCUGGAGAUCAGCACUGGUGCUGCAUGAUGCACUUGGAGCAAACAGGGAGACGAGGAGAGCCUCCUCAGGUUGACGUUCGUGCCAAAGCUCAGAGGGAGGUGCCUGCUUAAAGACACCAGGUCAAGUGAUGUUUUUACCAAACACAUACAGGAUUGGUACAAAGAGCCAUGUGACAUAAAUCAUGUUAAUUGUGAUUAUUUUGCUACCUCAGUAUUCAAAGUGCCCAAAGCUUGAAGUUGCACCUUUUUGUGUUGUUGUGCCAUAUGUUUUAACAAAUGCAGUACUCCUGGUUGGGUAGCGUUCUCAAUGACAAUCACUAGAAAAUGUGAAAAUACUAUCUUUUCUGACUGGUUUUUAGUGUAACACAAAUACUUUCCUGUCUAGUUGGAAGUACUUUUGUACAAUCUGUCCAGUUCUGUUAUGUAUGAAUAUUUGCUAAAAGCUUUAUGGAAGGGAAUUCAGUUACACAUUAACCUAUGGAGUUGAAAACUGAGUGGAUGCUUUUGUGUUUAGUGUAAACUCUGAUCUGUGUUGGAUUGCUGUCUGUUGACCGACAGGUUCCUUGGUAGAAUAUAUCCAUGCAUCCAAGUAGCUCUCAGUUCAUGGACGAAUAAUCUUAAAAUGUGAUACAAACAGUCAUAGCAACUAUAAGAACUAUAUCUAUUUGUUGUAUGACCAACAAACAUGGGAUGAAAGGGUUAGCAGAUAUCCGAAUUGCAGAAAUUAAACGAACGAAAGCUGAGCCUGAAUCUUAGAAUAUCUGUAAAUUAUCAGAUUAAAAAGUAAUAAUUCACAUAAUAUCAUUAUGGUGCCUGUCUCAGCUUAGACAUUUUUUAAAGAAUAGGAGCAAAGACAUUUUUACAUUUUCAGAAGUUUGUGGGAAAGCUGUUGCUGUCACAUUAUUCCUAUUAUAAUGUUAUGUUACUCUAUGAGUUAUAACUACAUUUUUUGCACAUUUAUAAACUCUCUGAUAGCUGAAUGAUAGUCCUAUAUGAAGCAGCUCAUUUAUGAUUUGAAAAUGUAUUUUACAACUAUUGUAGUUACUGUAUGUUAAUGGUUGCUUCAGGUAUUCAAUUUCAUUUAAAGAAGAAAAUGCAUCAGAUGAUGAUAUAUUGUUCUUAUUGAUCAUUUCAUGAGGUUUGAUAUCAUACCGCAAAAUACAACAGGAUAAAUCCACAGAUAUGUAAAAUAAGAAUGUAAGUACGAAAACAAAAGAAAGCUGCAAGUAUAAACGGCGAUAUAAGGUAGGUACAAAUGUUGCAGUUUAAACUUCGUUAUUAGUGUAAAUGAGCACUGAUACACAGUUUGAUUGAUGGUUGCACAUCAGGACCACUAAUGCUUGAUGUGGCCUUCAUGUCACAAGCUUAGGGAAGAUGCAUAGAAGUAAAUCUGUACACUGUGUGUGCUUAUAUGAACUGAUAUGUGUGCAGCUGUUGUUUUUUUUAUCAUGUGAAGUGAUUUAUCAGUGCAGUGUUUGUGAAACACCAGGAAUUUGCUAGCUCAUGAUCCAUACAGCUGCCUGUAUCAGUGUUGACAUAUGUGUCGUUAGCAAAGUGUUUCUGUCAUCGAAGUGUCAUGACUGACUGGGACAUCCUCUGUUGCUGACUUACCAGAUAUUGCUGGGGCAAGUCCCUUUUAUCUUCUCUGUCACUGUAUUCCAAAUCAACCAUUCAUGUGUUUUCUGCACCACUUAUUCCUAGUAGGGUUGUGGGGGACUUGAGCCUAUCCCAGCUGUCAUUGUGCGAGAGGGUACACCCUGGAUGGAUUUCCACUCCAUCUCAGGGGCACAUAGAAAUGAGUAACCACACACACUCAUAUUCAUUCCUAGUGGCAGUUUAGUUUUUUUUUUAUGGAGGGGGGGGUAUUCAAAUCAGGAACCCAUUAGCUGUGAGGUCAAGGUGCUUUCUACCACAUCACAUCACAAAGUCAGGAAACAUUGAAAAUGAAGAUACCAAUUAACUGUCCCUGCCUCUAUCCAUAAAAAAUUAAAUACACCGCCAAAUAGUUUCUAGUGUUUCAUAUCUGCCUCUUCAAGAAUCCAAAAACUGACAAGAGAAGUGGUUGAAAAACAUACAAAAUACCAGUCAGUCAUUCCAAAAGGAAGUUAUGUGCAAUCUGAGUUGUGUCUUUACUGUGAAUGAAUUGCAAUAGUAAAAUGCAAAAAAAUGACACAGUUUUUAUUAUAUAAAACCAACUUUAAUCCCUGCUCUUAUUUGAAUUCAUACAUUUAAUUUAUGUGAAACUGUUCUGUGUUGUUGCUCAGAUGUGGUUCCUGCAUUGUAUCUUUUUUUCUUGCACUAUUUAUUCUGUAAAGAACU